AACCGAAAUCAUUUUAGUUACCGCAAUUAUUGGUGUGAUCGAAAAAAACGAAAAAACAAAAUUACACGUUUAUUUAUAUUUUAUAUUGUCAUUUUCCUUUUUGAGUUCCAAUUUGCAAAUACCCAAAAUUAAUUUCUGUACAACGUUAGAGAGAGAGAGAGAGAGAGAGAGAGAGGAUUUAGGGAGGUGGUGUAGUCCAUUUAUAUAUACGAAGAAGAAGACGCGGCCUAAUAAUCCGAUCACGGCGAUAUAAACCGAAACGGCUUCGAUUAUUUCUAGGGCGCGCCUUUACGAAGUAACAUUAUUAGGGUUUUUGCGGUUCUUUCUAAUCCGAAAAAUUCUGAGCAUUGGAUCCGAUUUCCGGAUUUGCCGAGUGGCAAACCGCAGAAAGAUUCAAGCUUUUGUUGGAUUGUUGAAUCAGCGUUUCGCGUCAGUGUAGCAACCGAUGCCAUUGGGACCGUGAUGGCGAACAAGUUUCAUUCGGGGGAUGGUAGGACCAGGAGUUCCGUGUCGAUCUUUAUAGUAGCUGGUCUAUGCUGUUUCUUCUACAUACUAGGGGCAUGGCAGAGAAGUGGAUUUGGGAAAGGGGACAGAAUAGCGAUCCGGAUGGCCGAGAGUGGAGCAGAUUGCAAUAUCCUCCCGAAUCUCAAUUUCGAAACCCAUCAUGGUGGUGAAGCUGGGGUGAUUGAUGAUUCUGAUUCUAAGGUGACAGUGUACAAGCCUUGUCCUUCUAAGUACACCGAUUACACACCCUGCCAAGAUCAGAGACGUGCGAUGACUUUCUCUAGGGAUAACAUGUUCUACCGUGAGAGACAUUGCCCUUCUCAAGAACAAAAGCUGCAUUGCCUUAUCCCAGCUCCUAAAGGAUAUGUGACCCCGUUCCCGUGGCCAAAGAGUCGUGACUAUGUUCCCUAUGCUAACGCUCCGUACAAAAGUUUGACAGUCGAGAAGGCCAUUCAGAACUGGAUCCAGUACGAGGGAAAUGUCUUCAGGUUUCCAGGUGGAGGAACACAGUUUCCUCAGGGAGCUGAUAAAUACAUUGACCAGCUUGCUUCGGUCAUUCCAAUUGCAAAUGGAACAGUUAGGACGGCUUUGGACACUGGUUGCGGGGUUGCUAGUUGGGGUGCAUAUCUCUGGAAACGAAAUGUCAUAACAAUGUCGUUUGCACCAAGAGACUCACACCAAGCCCAGGUUCAGUUUGCUCUUGAAAGGGGCGUGCCUGCUGUCAUUGGUGUUCUUGGAACAAUUAAAAUUCCAUAUCCGUCAAGUGCUUUUGAUAUGGCUCACUGUUCUCGUUGUCUUAUACCUUGGGGGGUCAAUGAUGGACUGUAUAUGAAGGAAGUCGAUCGUGUUCUUAGACCUGGUGGGUAUUGGGUGCUUUCGGGCCCUCCCAUCCAUUGGAAGACUAAUUAUAAGGCAUGGCAACGCCCAAAGGAAGAUCUCCAGGAGGAACAAAGAAAGAUCGAAGAGGUUGCUAAACUUCUCUGCUGGGAGAAGAAGUCUGAGAUUGGUGAAAUUGCAGUAUGGCAGAAGUCCAGGGAUGUUGAUUCCUGUCUUGCUGCACAAGAAAAUUCUGGAGCUGCUCUCUGUAAAUCUGAAGAUGCUGAUGACGUCUGGUACAAGAAAAUGGAGUCAUGUAUUACUCAGAAUAACAAUGGUAAAAAUGAAGAAGCUUCCGGGGAUCUCAGACCUUUCCCCGAGAGGCUUUAUGCCGUUCCCCCAAGGAUUGCUAGUGGCUCGAUUGCUGGAGUUUCUGUUGAGGCAUACCAUGAGGACAACAAGCAAUGGAAAAAGCAUGUGAAUGCCUAUAGAAAGAUUAACAAGAUUAUCAACUCUGGGAGGUAUCGCAAUAUCAUGGAUAUGAAUGCCGGCUUUGGAGGUUUUGCUGCUGCUCUCCAAUCUCCCAAAUUGUGGGUUAUGAAUGUAGUACCGACAAUUGCUGAGAAGAACACCCUCGGUGUCAUAUUUGAAAGAGGAUUGAUUGGCAUCUAUCACGACUGGUGUGAAGCAUUCUCCACAUAUCCGAGGACCUACGAUCUCAUCCAUGCUAAUGGCGUUUUUAGCUUGUACAAGGACAAGUGUGACUUUGAAGACAUCUUGUUAGAAAUGGACCGGAUCUUGAGGCCUGAAGGCGCGGUGAUAUUCCGUGACGAAGUGGACGUGCUCGUGAAGGUGAAGAAGAUCAUCGGAGGUAUGAGGUGGGAUUCUAAAAUGAUGGAUCAUGAAGACGGCCCCCUCAUACCUCAGAAGAUAUUGGUUGCAGUCAAGCAAUACUGGGUGGGGAACUCCACUUCUGCAUAGACUCGACCGGGGUGCACGUUUCCAGUCCCCAAUUCUUUGAUUUUCACGUACAGAUCUCCUCGUCUGAAAGUGACGCAGGGCGGUGAUGAUCUUGCCGUGGAGGGCCACAUAUCAUUAACCCGGGAGGGUUGGUCUGUACGUUGCAGCUUCAAACGUAACGCGAUCGAUCUUUUUGAGAAAUUUCGAGCAUGUGUUGUCCCCUUGAUGUAGGAAAACAGAAGCGAGCCUUAUUUGUUAUGCUUUGUAGUUUCAAGGUGUUUUAUGUAUUAUAGAAGUCACCCUUCUUGUAAUGCUUUUUGUAACAUAGUUUUGACCUAUUGUUAUAUAUCAAGAUUUCAUCAAUUGAUGUUA